AUCAACACACUUUACAGACGAUCUGUUAUCUAAAGAUGUUAAAGAUGCUAAUGCAUUAAGAAGCUACCGAAGAUGUCAAUACCUUUUACGCGAAAGUUGAAUAACAUGAAGAUUUACUAAAUAUUACUCUUUUCAAAUCUUAAUGUAGUGGCACAUGUCAUACACUCACUGGUAUCUUGAAUGUAAAUGCUGUUUUUAUGACUGUAAUGAUGUCAGUAAGGACACUAUGUAGACACCAAGUCAAAAAAGUAAUGCACAGGACCUAUGAGUCACAGACCAAUGGAAAGUCAGAUGGUGUGCUUGAUUAUUAUGUAAAAUUGCGAGAUAUUCUUACCAACAAGGAAACUCUGGUUGAUCAUUUGCGUCAAAAUGUUUUAUUCGAGGAUGACCAUUUGGUUGCUAUUAACAAGCCAGCUGGAUUGCCUAUGAAAGCUGAAAAGACAUCACAGAUGGAUGCACGUUUAAUAGACAAUUUUUCCCUGUAUCAAGUUAUUGAAGAUUUACGUCACCAUUUUAAUUCCCCUGACAUGAACCUAGCUUUGCCACUUCCAAGGAAUCACAGUGGCAUAGUUGUAUUUGGAAAGAAUAAAGUUAUUACUAAAAGUAUUGCAGAUAAAUUUUAUAUGGCUUACGGAAAUAAGCAGUUGCAUCAACAGUUUCAUUUGCUAUGUAUUGGGAAUUCUGAGAACCUGUCAGAAGAGAUUAAACAAAUAUUUCUGAAAAAGAAAGAGAUUCAGGGUAAACUUGAGCCUAUAGAGGUUAACAAAUUGUCAGUGAGUGAAAGGAAAAAAGGACAAGGUAUGAUAUGCACCUACAAGACAAGAAUACUGUCAAAAAGACUGGAAAGUGGAUUUGUUGAACUAAUGACUAACACGUCAAAAUGGGAUUGUUGUGAACUGUUAAUGACUCAGAAUUUAGCACCAAUUCUAGGAGACAACACAUACUCCAAUAGAGUCGCACCUUUACUUGGGCAGUUAGUGUGUGUAGACCCAGAACUAGCUGAUAAAGGACCACAGAAAUUGCCAAAAGAAGUUUCAGACCAGCUAGGAAUAAGCACUGAAAACAUGCUUAAAAUGCCACUGCAUUUACAUAGAUCUAGAGUAGAACUUUUGAAAUUUCCCACAAAGAAAUCUGAGCCAAUGACUUUCUUUGCUGAUUUACCAGAGUACUUUAAGACCACUUUAGAAUUAUUAAAGCUAGAUGUAACUUGAA